AUGGCUCCAGCCCAGAAUGUCCCUCAGUCUCCGAUCACAGUGGUCACCCCGCCUGCACCGUCCUUUCACUACUUCCGGACUGCGGAUCGACGCCCACGAUCCCGCACCAAGCUCACGGUCGAAGAGAGAGAGAAGGUGCUGGGGGUCAGACGGCAGGGUGCAUGCCUGAGGUGUAGGAUCCUCAAGAUCCAGUGCUCCGUCGAUAACCCGUGUCAACCCUGCUUGCAGUCGGCCGUGAAGGGGUUCGAGAGGAAGGUCCUCUCCUUCUGCUACUGCGUGCGGACCCGCUUCGCCGAUGUCAACAUCUUCGAUUCGCCUUGGCAGCUAGAAGGAAGACUAGGAGGCUCAUCAGGUCCAGGACGAGCCACCGCAACAACAACAACAACAACAACCAUGCAGAUCGACACGCUCAUGCAGCGGAUGAGCGCCCUGCUCGCCCGCAUCGCCACGCCCGCGCACUUCUCACUCACCUCCCACCCGGCCGCCUUCAACAACGCCCUGUUCGCCUGGCUCACCGACCCAGACUUCCACCUUCCCAACGGCAGCAUCGUCGGCCUGUGCUGUUCCAGCCUGCUGGGGCUGCAGUUUCCGGCUCCUCAGCAAGAACGGGGGAAUGACGAAGACGACGACGGCCUGCUCGCCGACUUCCGCCGCUUCGUGCUGGCCACAUCCCUCGUCCACGCCGGCUGGCGCGACAGCAGCAGCAGCAGCAGCAGCAGCAGCAGCAACGGUAGCAGCAGGGGCUUCAUUACCACGCGGGACCUGUGCGCGGUGGGCCAGGCGUCGGGCGCGCGGCUGCUCCGCCGGCUCGACCGCGUGCUCACGCCGCAGUUCCUCGCCCGCUGUGGGCGCGACUCGUGCCAGGUGCUGUUCCUGCUCGUGCUGGGCGCCGUGCUCGGCGUGGGAUACUCGUCGCCGUCGCACCUGCUUUCUUCAGCUUCUAUGCACCAUCGGACGCUCAUCAGCCCGGAGUUCCAGCGCAGUCCGACGCUGUGGCUCGCCAUGAAGGAGCACCUGUGCCAGAUGCUGGCGCAUCAUCUGGUGUUUGUCGGGUCGAUGCUGGGCAUCAGGAUGGAUACGGGUCUGGAGCAGAGGAUUAUCGAUACUGCGGUCAGGAGGUGGCACAAGGCGGAGCAGUUUGUCUGGGCCGAUGUUGUGGGUUUACCAUCCAGGGAGGAAGGGAGUUCGUCUGCAGCGGCGGAGGGAUUGCCGGGGACAGCAGCUGUCGACCCGAAGAGCGAGGCGGGAGAAGCGGCGCCGCCGGAUCCAGGUUUGCACGAGCCUCCUUCCUGGAGCAAUCCGCCGCGGAUGGCGCCGCAGUUGGUCCCGAUCCAUGUCCCUGAGCUCCGGGAUUUCCAGCCGCGAACGACGGAGGACUGGUCGGAGAACCCGACGUCAUACCUUGCCAUGUUUGACAAACCCGAGAGCGGCGGGUUCUCUGGGUUAGGAAGCGCCUCAGAGGACCAACGCACGGCGGAUACAGGAAAUCAAACAGGUCCAGAGGCGAGGUCCAAACAGAAAGCGCCGGAACACAUACCGCCGCGGGAAAGGAAACGAAGGUCAAUAUGGCUCGUCCGGCCGUUCGAUGCCGGGCCAGAGGGUGGCUUCAUCAAUGUCCACGCACGUCUACAGGGCGGGAUGGGCAUGGAAAGUCUGCGGGCGUUUGUAUGA